GUUUCUUUUUUUUUGAAUAUUUGACCUACAAGGUUGGCAGCACCGGCAGCGCCCCCACCUAGUGUGGUUGGCUACCCCGCCAUGUGACGGUCCUGGCAGACUGGCUUCAUAUGUCAUAGUAUACACACGUAUUGUACGUUAUUGAAAUAUUUGUUAUUUUACUAAAUAAACUAUAAAAUAAAACAUUCAAAAGUGCUUAAACAAAUCAACAUAUGGUCCUUCAGAGCGUGAUUAUCACCAGCGAUCAAGAAUUUUAACUUUGAGCGAAUUAGCUGAGGCAGGGAAGCGGCGUGAAAUUUGUCCACCUGCAUCGAACAAACAAACACUUGAUCCCAGAAGAGCGGCCCAGCACCAGUGGAGAGCUAUAGUAGAGGUCACCUGCCGAUUUUGAAUAGAAGGCUCUGAAGGCGUCGGUCCCUCCACCACUCUCGCUAGGAACAUCGUGCGUGACAGAAGGGUACAGCAGCGUUAAACAAUUCCGACCAAGUAAUCGCGGACAAACAGCCAACAAAGCCGACAACCGACCGCCCUGAGGAUACCCCAUCGCCGACAACGUGAUGUAACGGUGGUAUUUUUAAAUGCGAAACCGAGAAAACGGCCGCGGAUCGGAAAUCGGUGCACCGCCAACUUGAUCGCCGUGUGUCCAACCGGCUAAUGACUGGGAAGCGAGCGCUAAUUAUCUGUGAAUUAUUAAAUCGACAUGUGACAGUGAAAUCUUAUCUCGCGAACAAUAAAAUAUCUACGACGGUGUGAUGGAUGGUUAUCGCGGGUCACUGCAGUAGUUCGGUUUUUUGACACGAUGUGCAAAUGCUGUCAGGAAUGUUUCGAAUCAUGUUACUGGCACCUGAUAGAGAAGCGCUUCUGCUUCGACGAAGAGAUCGCCUUGUACCAGGAACCACUCGGAAAAGAAGAAAAAAACAAUAACAUGUUCGACAACAUGGCGUUCUACGACAGCGUAUCUGUGAUAGCGGGCCGCGCGAUAGUUACCAUAGAUCCACUCCCCGAAAAGGUCAGAGAUGGUGGACAGCCCGUAGUACAACAACCCAGAAGACUGAGGUGGCAGGAACAAAUGAGGAUCGAGGCCAGGAAUGGCGACGUUAUUAUGAGGACAGAACCUUCCUUGCUAGAGAAGACCAGCGACGACAGCGCCAGCAGUGACACUCAGGAAAAUGCCCUCAAAGACGAUGAAAAAUCAAAUGAAGACGUGAAAGAAACCAUUGCCAAAAAGGCAGUAAGCUUCGAACGUUCAGAAACGGAUUCGAAACCCGACAAAUCGAAGCCUGACUCCACCUCUACGCACUCGAGAAAUCUGACCGUACCGGAUGUAGAGAUUAGGAAAAAGUCUCUGAGGGAGAGACGCAUGUCCAAAAGUCUCUACCUCAAGAUCGAUUUUCCCAAGGAAGUACCGGUUAUUAGGCAAAACUCCAUGCCGAAAUUCUUCCUGGACACGCCCGAACACAACCAGACCGAGUCGACGCUGGUUAAAGGUCAUUUGACUAGUUUGCAGAGCCCUAUGGUAGGAAACGACAAAUUUUCUUACGAUCUUUAUUCUGUCGUGCAAAGAGAGAAGACGAAGAGCCAGAGCUCUCCGAGAGAAAUCGUGCCAAUUCAUAGAGAAUCUUCUAGGCUUGCUCUGAUCAAGGAGAAAAUCAAGCUGAAGAAGAGCAAGAGUACUGUUAGUGCUAGCAACAUACCACACAGUAAUUACAUCUAGUAUGCGUAUUUAUUUUACGCAGAUAAGUGUUUAGAUGUAGAACUAGAACUAAUUUAUGUUAAUUUGAAAAGUAUUAUUAUGGAAUCAUAUAUUUAGGUUGUAUGAUACGGAAGUAUUUUAAUGGCGCAAGUUUUUUGUGUAGUUAGAAAUGUGAACAUGGCAAGGUUGCUUAAACUGAAGCAGGUAAGUGGCCUAGAUACUACUUGGAUGACGUUACGGAAGUAAGCCGUGUCGUGGCUAGAAAACAAUUUUAAGAAAGAUUAAUUUUUGAAUUUUGAAUCAUUUGCAGAGUUCAUAUAGAACUAGAAGAAAAUUAUAGGUUUUCUUUUUUAUCACUAAAGAUGUUAUUAAUCAAUUGAUCUCCUAUUCGUAUAGUAAUUUGAUAAAUUUUCGUCAGUCCAACAGUCCUAACACGCAGAGUGUGAUUUCUGCCAGUGAUAGAUAACGUUUAAAAUUGUUAAAAUACAAUUAAAUUUCAAAUCAGUAUUUAACAAAUAAAUAUCAGUACCAAUUGUACCAAUAAAUACCAGAACAGUUUUAAUUUC